GUCUUGCCCCACAAGAAACAACCGCCAAUCACACAAUUUUCAUGAAAAGAUGUUUGUUGCCCGACACCCACAGCAAUACUUGGUUAGUACCCGGAUGGAUAAUCAAACAUUGACAGUGACUCAGUUGUUUACGAUCACCACUUGUUUGUUUAUUCCGUGGACGAUGCUCUGGUCACCCUGAUGGAACCGGAAUGAUGAAUGGACUGGUCAUUUAUUAUAAGAUGGCAGCCGCCAGAAAGCUGGAGAGUCUGAAUGAGAACUUCUUGACCUGUUCCAUAUGUACGGAUGGAUACAAAGACCCCUGUACUCUGACCUGUGGACACACCUUCUGUAAGGUCUGCCUAUGGAAAUUCCUGAAGACCAGACAAGACGCCAUCAGGGCCAAGUCCAUCCUUUGUCCCUACUGUCGUCAGAUGACCCAAGUUCCCAGGCCUGACAGACCAGUGGAGGAGUGGGUGAAACAGAUCAAGCCCAGUUUCCUCAUACAGGGACUUCUGGACACUCUAGCCUGUGGGGGAAAUACUGAUCAUGGUUUAUCCAUGACUUGUUCAGAUACAGAAAACCGCUGCCACCCCUGCCAGGAUCUUGGAGAAAGUCAUCCGGCCAACUCCUACUGUCAAGACUGUGAUGUGCCACUCUGUGAGAGAUGUGUGAAGAUGCAUGCAUCUCUUCCUGGUACGUCAAACCACGUAAUUGCUGACCUUGGUGGAUCAGUGAAGGUCACUAGACGACAGAGGUGCACGGAACACAACGAAGUCACGGAAUUCUGCUGCAAAGACUGUAAUAUAGCAAUAUGCAACAAGUGUUCUGUCACAUACCACAGGAAAUGCGACUCUGUGGUCACUAUUCAGUCUAUGAUGUCUGAGAUGAGAAAUGCUCUUGCACACAAUAAGGGAUUGAUUACACAGAGCUUUGACGACACGGGCAGAUCACUUCAACAACACAAAUCACAGAUUGAUGAGAUCAGCCACAACAAAGACACAAUAAAGUCACACAAGACAGUCGGCAUCAAGGUCGAUGGCGACAGGAAGCAACCGUAUCCAUAUGACGUCACAGUCCUGGUUGUGGAUGGUGAGGAGACACUGGUGGUCAGUGACUGCAACAAUAAAUGUCUGAAAUCCUUCUACACAAAGAAUAACAAAUCACGACACAGUAAACUGGAUCUUGCAAGUAACAAAAGCUCUGUGACGAGGCUGAGGGACAACCAGGUGGCUGUAUCAGUCUGGUCACACAAUGAGAUUGUAAUAGUACGGGUGACCCCUGACCUUGUACUACAGUCACGUGUCACAACAAAGAAGAAGUACAGAUGCCUAACAGCCUUGAGUCCUUCAACAUUAGCAGCAGGUUGUAGGUGUCCUCCCUGUGUUGACAUCCUGGAUAUAUCGGGGAUAGUGAUGAGGUCAGUCAGUAGAUUCAACACUGGGAAGAACCUGAUAUGUAACCCCUGCUACCUCUGUGCUACAGACAGGGGCAACAUCCUGGUGUCAGAUGCUUGUUCACACUCUGUCUACUGUAUCACACCAGAGGGCGAUGUUGUGUUCACCUACACCCCUACAGGAGAGAGGAGACUGCGAGGACCACGAGGCAUCACAAAUACCAGCACAGGACACAUCCUGGUGGCGGACACCCGGGCACACAGGGUGGUACUACUGACACCAACGGGGGAGUUUGUCAGAGACCUACUGACGUCACAGGAUGGACUACAGAAUCCAUGCGGCUUGAUGUUCUGUGACUGUAAACUGUAUGUGGCGGAAUACAGAGCAGAUGCUGUGAAGGAAUUCAACUGCAGUAUUCCCCAGUGAGACGCCAGGAAGC